AUGGGACCACCUUCGACUGACAGAUUCGCGCACCCCACGACGCCGGCUAGAACAGAUAUCGGCAGAUCUUCGAUGGCACGGCCUUAUUUGUCUGGCUACUCGGGUUACGGCUACCAAGAACAGCCCUAUGGGGGCUCGCAGAUGCAAAGCAGUAGCCCGAUGCAAGGAGUGGAAAUGCAAUAUUCGCCAGCGUUCAUGUCGGAGGCGUCCAGACAGCAGCAAGUGCAGGCCUCGCCCCAACAACAGCAGCAGUAUGCGCAGUACGCGCCCUCUUCGAUGCUUCCGCCAGUUGGCCCGCAAGCCCUGUACGAGGACAUUGCGUAUCAGCCGUCGCAAACGGCAAUUGACGUGAUGUCGAGCCGAUUCGCAGUCCCGCAGUACAUGACCCCCGGCGAGCACCCCGGAGCCACUCUAGGCUCGGCCCCGGCUCAGUACAUGACUUCGCAACCCGAACAAAGCAGCUAUAGCCACGUGGCUGUGAGUCGGCCAUCGAUGCCUCAGUCCUAUGGUGCGCCACAGGUCGACUUUCCCAUGGCGGAGCCUCGAGAGGUGGAAGAGGGCGCCGAGCCGAAUCGGGUGCAGGAGGCACUCGAUGAGGACUUGCGCAACUACCACCGGCAACUCAGGACCGUGUUCGACGCCAUCAUCGCAGGCAGAGUGACAGCGGCCCGCGAGAAGCUGCUUGCGGCGUCUCGGUGGCUGGUCAAAUCUGUUGCCGCAUUGGGGCUGCACCACGAUGACGAGACGAGACACGCCGAGCGCAUCGACUUGUGGCAAGAGUUCAAUCUGGCGUGGGAGGCGCUUGGGCAGAAGCAAAAGGAAAUCACCGAGGAAGCUCUGAGGACCAGACGAGAGCCUCCCGACAUCCUCUCGGCCAACUCCAUCACCAGCUUGAUGGACGAGUUUGUGGCCAUGUGCGACCAGCUCGAACAGUACGGGCUGGUCGACUUUGAAAUGGGCGCCUGGGAGGAGCAGAUCACGCACAUCUUCAUCGCCUGCCUCGACCUCCUUCCUCCCAGCGAUCCGAGCCCGGACACGGGUGCGAGCGCGAGUUGA